AUGGCCAAACCAAUCGUUCUAUUUUCACUCCUCGCCCCCGCUCUCUCAGCGGUCUUGCCUCGUGGUCAAGAAACCUCAUGGAACGAGUGGGCCUCGUCGAGCACGACCGUUGCCGCCAGCAGCACCUAUUCUUCUACGGUCCCUGCACAAAGCAGCAGCUGGGGGGACUGGUCAACUCCAAGCACAACUAUUGUCUCUACAACCACGACCACAAGCAGCCCAGCAGCCAGCAGCACAACAAGCAGCAAGGGUUGGAACGACUGGUCGAGUACUUCGACAACUCCCGUUGUUCCUACCACAAGCAGCACAACCACCAAAGGAUGGAACGACUGGAGCAGCUCGACCUCUGUUGUGCCCACAACAAGCAGCACGACUACGACCAAAGGCUGGAAUGACUGGAGCAGCUCAACCUCUGUUGUUCCUACAACUAGCAGCACCACAAGCAAAGGGUGGAACGACUGGAGUAGUUCGACAUCUGUCGUUCCUACGACCAGCUCAUCAACGACGAGCAAAGGGUGGAACGACUGGAGUAGCUCAACGACUCCUGUUGUUCCUACGACCAGCAGCACAACUACUAAAGGGUGGAACGAUUGGUCGAGCACUUCGACGACUCCUGUUGUUCCUACGACCAGCAGCACAACCACUAAAGGGUGGAAUGACUGGUCGAGCACCUCGACGACUCCCGUUGUUCCUACGACCAGCAGCACAACCACUAAAGGGUGGAAUGACUGGUCGAGCACCUCGACGACUCCCGUUGUUCCUACGACCAGCAGCACAACCACUAAAGGGUGGAAUGACUGGUCGAGCACCUCGACGACUCCCGUUGUCCCUACGACAAGCUCCUCAGCUACUACAAAAGGUUGGAAUGACUGGUCUUCCUCUGUCGUGCCGCCUGUUUCUUCCUCUCAAUCGUGGAGCGGAUGGUCUAGUGUACCUGCUCCGCCCGUGAAGCCGACGACCACUCCCGCUCCGGCUCCAGCCCCGGUGUCUUCUAAGGGAUGGAAUGACUGGCAAUCGAGCUCCGCUCCGGCUCCUGCUCCGGCUCCUCAACAUUCGCAAUCUGCAGGAUGGAAUGACUGGAAGAGCACAUGCACCCCUAGCACGGCCACUACCACCGUGUACGUAACGCAGACAGCGCCGGCCUCCACUGUGACUACCACGGCGCCUGCUUCUACUGUGUACGUUACCGAAACUGCGACUACGACCGUGACCGAGUCGGAGACCACCACUGCUACGGUGACCAGCUGCUCUGCUACCGGUACGUCGUGGGGCUGGCAAGACUGGCAAGGCAAGAGCCAUAGCCCAAGCCCAGCCCCAAGCCAAAGCACUGGAUGGAAAAAUUAG